CGUUCGUGUUGGGACAGUCUAGUGAGGAUACGGUUAGGCAGUAGAUAAUCAUUAAAUAUACAAUUUCAUGUUGACUGCGGCUCCUAUCCGCACUUUACCCGCCCGACAACUGACGAUGGCAUCAGCGAUCGUGUUGUAAUCGUGCGGGGAUCCGUGUGGUGACAAGUAACAAGAUCAUCAUCAUGGAGCUCAGUUUGAACCGUGUCGACUACCUGCAGGUUGGAGUGACUUCCCAGAAGACAAUGAGGCUUCUGCCUGCGGCAGGACGCAAGGCCACUCAAAAGGUUGCGGUCGCAGAUCAUGACGGCAUCAUAACUUGUUUUGGGAUGAAGAAGGGCGAAGCAGUUCCGGUGUUCAAGACUCUGCCGGGCCAGAAGAUUUCUAGGCUGGAACUGGGGGGUGCGCUGGGGACCCCCCAGGAGAAGAUUUUUGUGGCAGCAGGCUCCGAGGUCAGGGGAUACACUAAGAAAGGCAAACAGUUCCUUUCGUUUGAAGCCAACCUUGCAGAGAGCAUCAAAGCCAUGCACAUUGCAGGGGCGGACCUGUUCGUGUGCGCGAGCUACAUCUACAACCACUACUGCGAUUGCAAGGAUCAGCACUAUUACUUAUCGGGGGACAAAAUCAACGACAUCGUGUGUUUGCCGGCGGAGAGCCUGGGGCGCAUCGUUCCCGUGCUGGCUUGUCAGGACAGGGUUCUCCGAGUGUUACAGGGGUCAGAACUCAGUUAUGAAGUUGAAGUUCCUGGCCCUCCAACUGUUUUAGAAUUAAACAACAAAGAUGGAGGAACAGAGGGGGAGGUUCUGUAUGGAACAGCAGAUGGAAAACUGGGUCUUGUUAAGAUGACAGAAUCCUCUCCAGUUCACAGAUGGGAAAUUUCUAAUGAGAAGAAAAAAGGAGGUGUUCUAUGUAUCGACACAUUUGACAUCGUUGGCGAUGGGGUGAGAGAGAUCCUCGUCGGCAGGGAUGAUGGGACUGUGGAGGUUUAUGGGCUGGACAGCUCCAGUGAACCCGUGCUCCGCUUUGAGCACGUAUUGUCCGAAAGCGUCACGUCCAUCCAGGGUGGCUGUGUAGGAAAGGAGUCCUUUGAUGAGGUCCUCACAGCCACGUACACAGGCUGGGUGACGGGGCUCACCUCGGAGACCCAGCGAGAAGAAGUCGGUCCAGGAGAUGAAGUGAAGAUGAGUCGAGAGACGCAGAACAAAAUUGCAGCACUCAGGGCUGAGCUGGAACAGCUGCAGCUCAAAGUCCUGCAGGAAAGGGAGAAGUACCAGCAGACGUCGCAGUCCAGCACGGCCGUCUCCGCAGUGCCGGUGUUCAGCAUCAAUGACAAGUUCACUUUGUGCCAGGAUGACGCCAGUUACAGCCUCACGCUGGAGGUGCAGACUGCCAUUGACCACCUGCUGCUGCAGAGUGACGUCCCUAUCGAUUUGUUAGAUGUGGAUAAAAAUUCAGCGGUCGUAAGUUUCAGCGAAUGCGACUCGGAGCCAAAUGGCAACUUUCUUCUUGCUACCUAUAGAUGUCAAGCAAACACCACAAGGUUGGAGCUUAAGGUACGGUCCAUCGAAGGCCAGUAUGGUACCCUGCAGGCUUACAUCACACCACGUCUUCAGCCUAAAACCUGCCAGGUACGCCAGUAUCAGAUCAAACCUCUGUCUCUCCACCAAAGAACACACAGCAUUGACCAAAACAGGCCCAUGAAUACUCUGAGUCUGACAGGCCAGUUCAGCUUUGCAGAAAUCCACUCGUGGGUCGUUUUCUGUCUGCCAGAAGUUCCGGAGAAGACCCCCGCGGGUGAAAGUGCCACUUUUCUCUUUCAGAACACCUUCCUCGGUACACAGCUGGAAACCACAUACAGCAAAGGUGAGGGCCACUUUAAAUCAGACAACAUCUCUACAAUUUCUAUUCUGAAGGAUGUACUAUCCAAAGAAGCAACCAAAAGAAAAAUAAACCUCAACAUCUCCUACGACAUCAAUGAAGACUCCGUAAAUCAUACGCUCAGGAUGAUUCAUCCAAAGCUGGAAUACCAGCUUCUUUUGGCCAAAAAGGUUCAGCUAAUUGAUGCUUUAAAAGAACUACAGGUUCAUGAGGGCAAUGCAGACUUCCUAAUUCCUGAAUACCGCAGCAUUCUAGAAGAGUCUACCCAUCUGCUGGAGGAAUACAAAAAACAACCAGCACAUCUUGAAAGACUGUAUGGUAUGAUAACGGAUCUCUUCAUUGACAAAUUCAAAUUCAAGGGACAGAAUGUUAAAACUAAAGUUUCACAGCUCCUGGAAAUUCUAGACAACUAUGAUCUGAAUUCUCUAAUGGAUUUUUUUAAUGCAGCAUAGCGCUUAAACAAUCAUUUAUUUUUCUGUGGUUUGUAACUAGUGGCGAGUCGGUGAUUUCAUUUGCUCUGUACUGUGUAUAGAAUUUUCUGCUAAAGUAACUUAUAUGGAGAGUUGAAGAUAGAGUACACGUUUAUAUUGUAUAUUUCAAUACUGCAAUACAGGUAGAUAAGGAAGUAAAUGAUAUUUAUGCUGCAAUUUUGU